AUACUCAACAGCGUUGCCGCUGCUGCCACUGCGGUCGCCAUGAACAGCGUAGGGGACGCUUGCGCAGACAUGAAGUGCGAGUACGACCAGUGCUUCAAUCGCUGGUUUGCCAAGAAGUUUCUCAGGGGGGACAGCUCUGAGAAUCCAUGCACCGACCUCUUCAAGCAUUACCAGUAAUGUGUUAGAAUAAUAAAGGAGAAAGAGAUUCCUAUUGAAGGACUGGAGUUCAUGGGCCAUGGCAAAGAAAAGCCUGAAAACUCUUCUUGA